AUGUCACUACAAAAAAAAAAAGAGGAAGAAGAGGUAGAAAGAAAAAAUUAUAAAGUAUAUAGAAAAAGAGAAGGAGAAGUGAUAAGAAAAAAAAGUGUUAAAGGAGGGAAGCUAAGGGAUGAGAGGGAUGAGAGGGAUGAGAGGGAUGAGAGGGACGAGAGGGACGAGAGGGACGAGAGGAACGAGAGGAACGAGGUGGAAGAGAGGGACGAGGUGGAAGAGAGGGACGAGGUGGAAGAAAAUAGAGAAAAUGUCAAUUCUGAAAUUGUCGAAAUUGCCGAUGCUGAAAUUACUGAAAUUACCGUUGAGGAAAGGGAAAGGGAGAAGCGAGAAAGGAGAGAAAUGAAAGAACAGGAAGAAAUAUUAGAAAGGGGAAAGAAAAAAAAGGAAAGGGAAAACUCUGAAAUCGCCAAUAUUGAAAUCGUUGAAAUCGCUGUUGCUGAAAUCGCUGUCACCACUGUCACCGCUGUCACCGAAAUAGAUGAGGAAAUUGAAGAAAAGAGUCUAGAAGAAGAGGAAGAGAAUAACAACAACAAAAUCAUUGUGGGGGUCUGGUACGAAUAUCAAAGGGGAAAGAAAGGAAAAGAAAAAGCAGUAGAAUAUGAAGAAAAUAAUGCUGAAGAU